CAUGCUCCGAGCAGCCAUUGACAGUCUGCAGUGAAGGAGAAGCGAUCUGACCGGGGUGAAGGAGGAGGAGGAGGAGGACGAGCAUCUCAUGUCUUUUUAAUGAGGAAUACCUAGCAGGAAGGAGAGGAAGAGAUCCGCAGACUUCAUUUCCUCUGCUGACCUCUAGGCUGGUGCACCGUGCCUCCACCUGCCCGGGAAGACAUGGCCAGCCAGCAGGACUCGGGCUUCUUUGAGAUCAGCAUCAAAUAUCUGCUGAAAUCCUGGAGCAAUACUUCCCCAGUGGGCAACGGAUACAUCAAACCACAAGUGCAACCAGUAUCCAGUGCACAACGAGAAAAAGGGCCACCAACCAUGUUGCCCAUCAGCAUAGACCCGGAGAGCAAGCCCGGGGAGUACAUACUGAAGAGUUUAUUUGCUAAUUUUACUACACAAGCGGAACGCAAGAUUCGUAUCAUAAUGGCGGAACCCCUGGAGAAGCCGUUGACUAAAUCUCUGCAAAGAGGAGAGGACCCACAGUUUGAUCAAGUAAUUAGCUCAAUGAGCUCUUUGUCAGACUAUUGCUUACCCUCCAUACUGCGCACUUUGUUUGACUGGUACAAACGUCAGAAUGGCAUUGAAGAUGAGUCGCAUGAAUAUAGGCCAAGGACAAACACCAAAUCUAAAGGUGACGAACAGCAGAAAGAUUACUUGAUGGAAAGAAGGGAUCUGGCAAUUGAUUUUAUUUUGUCAUUAGUUCUUAUUGAAGUUUUAAAACAGAUUCCAUUACAUCCAGUAAUUGACAGCUUGGUUCAUGAUGUAAUUACCUUGGCAUUUAAGCACUUUAAAUACAAGGAAGGUUAUCUAGGUCCAAACACUGGUAAUAUGCAUAUAGUGGCUGAUCUAUACGCAGAAGUAAUAGGAGUAUUGGCGCAGUCAAAGUUUCCUUCCGUGAAGAAGAAAUUUACGGCUGAGUUGAAAGAGCUGAGGCACAAAGAGCAGAACCCGUAUGUGGUUCAAAGCAUCAUCAGUCUUAUAAUGGGAAUGAAAUUCUUCCGCAUAAAGAUGUAUCCUGUGGAGGACUUUGAAGCCUCCCUCCAGUUUAUGCAGGAAUGUGCACAUUAUUUCCUAGAAGUAAAAGACAAGGACAUCAAGCAUGCUUUGGCCGGCCUGUUUGUGGAAAUCCUUGUACCUGUAGCUGCUGCUGUAAAAAAUGAAGUUAAUGUCCCUUGUCUUAGAAACUUUGUGGAGAGUCUUUAUGACACAACUCUGGAGCUGUCUUCCAGGAAGAAACACUCACUGGCGUUGUAUCCCUUGGUGACAUGUCUGCUCUGUGUCAGUCAGAAACAAUUCUUUCUAAACCGAUGGCAUAUUUUUCUCAACAACUGCUUAUCUAACCUUAAGAAUAAAGAUCCCAAAAUGGCCAGAGUUGCACUGGAAUCCUUGUACAGACUACUGUGGGUGUAUAUGAUUCGAAUUAAAUGUGAAAGCAACACAGCUACUCAGAGCCGUCUCACAACCAUUGUGGGGACUCUUUUCCCAAAAGGCUCUCGCAUUGUGGUGCCUCGUGACAUGCCCCUCAACAUCUUUGUGAAGAUCAUACAGUUCAUUGCACAGGAGCGUCUAGAUUUUGCAAUGAAAGAAAUUAUUUUUGACCUUUUAUGUGUAGGAAAAGCAGCAAAAGCAUUCAGCCUUAAUCCCGAGAGAAUGAACAUAGGCUUAAGAGCCUUCUUGGUGAUAGCAGACAGCCUGCAACAGAAAGAUGGGGAGCCCCCUAUGCCUGUCACUGGAGCUAUUCACCCAUCUGGUAACACCCUUCGAGUAAAGAAAACAUAUUUGAGUAAAACUCUUACUGAAGAUGAGGCCAAAAUGAUUGGCAUGUCUCUGUACUACUCCCAAGUGCGGAAAGCAGUAGACAACAUUUUAAGGCAUCUAGAUAAAGAAGUUGGACGCUGCAUGAUGAUGACCAAUGUACAGAUGCUAAACAAGGAACCUGAGGACAUGAUCACUGGAGAACGAAAGCCAAAGAUUGACCUCUUCAGAACGUGUGUGGCUGCUAUUCCUCGCCUGCUUCCAGAUGGGAUGUCUAAACUGGAGCUAAUCGAUUUACUUUCAAGGCUAUCUAUUCACAUGGAUGAUGAACUGCGUCAUAUUGCACAGAACUCUCUCCAGGGCCUUCUAGUUGACUUUGUGGAUUGGAGGGAAGACGUAUUGUUCGGGUUCAUUAAUUUCCUAUUGCGUGAUGUGACAGAUACACACCAGACACUCCUCGACACAUCUCUGAAGUUAUUACUGCAGCUGCUGACUCAGUGGAGAAUCGUAAUACAGACUCCUGGGAAAGAGCAUGCGAGAAUCAGGACAACGGAGCUCAUUCCGAAUGGCUCCAGCCAUAGGAUACAGUCAGAACGGGGUCCUUAUUCCAAUGUGCUGCAUGCAGUGGAGGGAUUUGCACUGUUGUUACUUUGCAGUUUCCAGCUGGCUACACGUAAAGUAGCAGUAUUAAUUCUCAAAGAGGUUCGGGCACUGUUUAUUGCACUUGGACAAGCAGAGGAAGAUGACAAGCCUAUGAUUGAUGUCCUGGACCAGCUCAGUCCUUCAAUACUUGAAAGCUUUGUUCAUGUUGCUGUGUCUGAUUCUGCUGCCCUGCCAUUUACACACAAUGUGGACCUUCAGUGGUUGGUGGACUGGAACGCAGUUCUAGUGAACAGUCACUAUGAUGUGAAAAGCCCUUCCCACGUUUGGAUCUUUGCACAAUCUGUGAAAGAUCCAUGGGUUCUCUGUCUCUUCACAUUUCUUCGCCAAGAGCACCUCCCAAAACAUUGUCCCACUGCCCUCAGCUAUGCAUGGCCCUACGCUUUCACCAGGCUACAGCUACUGAUGCCCCUGGUGGAUCCCAACAGCCCAAUCAAUGCAAAGAAAACAAGUACAGCGGGCAGUGGGGACAACUAUAUUACUCUAUGGAGGAAUUAUCUGAUUCUUUGUUUUGGAGUGGCCAGACCAAGUAUAAUGAGCCCGGGUCACUUAAGGGCAUCCACCCCAGAGAUCAUGGCGACUACUCCGGAUGGCUCUGUCAGCUAUGACAACAAAGUCAUUGGAACCCCUUCUAUCAGUGCUCUGCUCAAACAACUGGUUCCUAUGAUGAGACUUGAGAGCAUAGAAAUCACAGAGUCCCUGGUACUGGGCUUUGGAAGAACCAAUGCUUUAGUCUUCAGGGAAUUGGUGGAAGAGCUUCACCCUCUGAUGAAGGAAGCUUUGGAAAGAAGGCCAGAGAACAAGAAGCGUAGGGAGCGCAGAGAUCUGCUGAGGUUACAGCUGCUGAGGAUAUUUGAGCUGCUGGCAGAUGCUGGAGUCAUAAGUGACAAUACCAAUGGGGCCUUAGAGAGAGACACCCUGGCACUUGGAGCUUUGUUUUUGGAGUAUGUGGACCUUACACGGAUGCUGCUUGAAGCAGAAAAUGAUAAAGAAGUUGAAAUUCUUAAGGAUAUUAGAGCACAUUUCAGUGCCAUGAUUGCCAACCUGAUUCAAUGUGUGCCAGUUCACCAUCGGAGGUUCCUUUUCCCGCAGCAGAGCUUGCGCCACCACCUCUUUAUUCUGUUCAGCCAGUGGGCAGGGCCUUUCAGCAUCAUGUUUACUCCAUUGGACAGAUACAGCGAUCGCAACCAUCAGAUUACAAGAUACCAGUAUUGUGCAUUGAAGGCCAUGUCCGCUGUACUUUGCUGUGGACCUGUGUUCGACAACGUUGGCUUGUCUCCUGAUGGCUAUCUCUACAAAUGGCUUGAUAACAUUCUGGCUUGCCAGGACAUGAGGGUUCACCAGCUUGGCUGCGAAGUGGUUGUCUUAUUGCUAGAACUUAAUCCGGACCAGGUUAAUCUCUUUAACUGGGCCAUUGACCGCUGCUACACUGGAUCAUACCAGCUCGCUUCUGGGUGUUUCAAGGCUAUUGCAACUGUUUGUGGAAACAGGAAUUAUCCAUUUGACAUUGUGACAUUGCUGAAUCUGGUCCUCUUUAAAGCCUCUGACACCAGCCGGGAAAUCUAUGAGAUCUCAGUGCAGUUAAUGCAGGUCCUGGAAGGAAAACUGUUUGUAUAUUCCAAAAAGGUGGCAGAGCAGAAGCCUGGAAGUAUCCUGUAUGGCACCCAUGGCAUAUUGCCACCCCUAUACAGUGUCUCAUUAAUUCGUCUGUCUAACGAGCUGGCACGGAUGUAUCCGGAGCUGACACUGCCCUUGUUCUCAGAAGUGAGUCAGAGAUUCUCAACGACACAUCCGAAUGGGCGGCAAAUCAUGCUUACUUACCUGCUGCCAUGGCUGCAUAACUUAGAGCUGGUGGACAGCAGACUUCUCCUCCCAGACUCCAGCCCCAGCACCCCAGAGGAGGAAGCCAUUGAUGGGGAUGGACAAGUGUCCAGCAUCAGUGGACUGAAAGGAAACGGAUGGGGAUCACCAGAGGCCACUUCACUAGUGCUUAAUAAUCUCAUGUAUAUGACAGCAAAGUACGGGGAUGAGGUGCCUGGCCAGGAGGUGGAAAAUGCCUGGAAUGCAUUGGCCAAUAAUGAAAAAUGGAGCAACAACCUUCGGAUAACUUUGCAGUUUCUAAUUAGCCUGUGCGGGGUCAGCAGCGAUACUACUCUACUGCCUUAUAUCAAAAAAGUGGCAAUCUACUUGAGCAGAAAUAAUACCAUCCAGACAAUGGAAGAACUUCUAUUUGAGCUGCAGCAGACUGAUCCAGUGAACCCUAUAGUUCAACACUGCGAUAACCCUCCCUUCUAUCGCUUCACUGCCAGCAACAAGGCCUCUGCUGCUCCCUCUGGUACCACCUCAAGCAGCAAUACAGUGGUUGCUGGUCAGGAUGGCUUUCCUGAUCUGGAAGAGAGCAGACAAGCUAAAGACACGGAUGACAGGUUUGGUAAUGUUAUCAGAGCACAUACAAGGCUGGAAUCAAGAUACAGUAACAGCUCUGGAGGAUCCUAUGAUGACGAUAAAAAUGAUCCAGUGUCUCCCUACAUCAGCUGGCUCUUAAACAUAGUGGAGAGCAAUCAGCCACAACCCCUGCCCAUGCCCUGCAAUGGAGGAUGCUGGGCACCACUGGUAGACUACCUGCCUGAAACCAUUACCCCACGGGGACCACUUCAUAGGUGCAAUAUUGCUGUCAUUUUCAUGACGGAGAUGGUGGUGGAUCAUAGUGUGAGAGAAGACUGGGCCCUGCACCUUCCUCUGCUGCUCCACGCGCUCUUCUUGGGUCUUGAUCAUUACCGGCCUGAAGUUUUUGAACACAGCAGAAAGCUCCUUCUCCAUAUUUUGAUCGCUCUGUCCUGCAACAGCAAUUACUCUUCCAUUGCAUCUGUCCUCCUGCAUGCUCGAGAGAUAAACGAAGCCAAGACAUUGACCGUGCAGUCUUCCUGCUCAUCAGAGUAUCCCUAUACAGGAGGGUUUGACUUUCUGCGGGAGUACCAGUCAUCUCCAGUGCCAGACUCUGGCUUGAGCUCCAGCUCAACCUCCUCCAGCAUCAGUCUGGGAGGAAGCAGUGGGAACAUCCCUCAGAUCAGCCAGGAGAUUGAGGAUGUUGACACAUCAGCAGAGACGGAUGAAAAAGCCAACAAGUUGAUCGAAUUUCUGACCACCAGAGCCUUUGGUCCUCUCUGGUGUCAUGAAGAUAUAACACCCAAGAAUCAAAAUUCUCGAAGUGCAGAGCAGCUCACCAAUUUCCUGCGCCAUGUGGUGUCUGUGUUUAAAGACUCAAAGUCAGGCUUUCAUUUGGAGCAGCACCUAAGUGAAGUGGCUCUGCAGACUGCGCUUUCCAGCUCCUCCCGCCAUUACGCAGGUCGCUCAUUCCAGAUCUUGCGAGCUCUGAAACAGCCUCUUUCUGCUCACGCCUUAUCCGACCUUCUCUCUAGGUUGGUGGAGGUCAUCGGAGAAUAUGGGGAUGAAAUUCAGGGCUAUGUCAUGGAAGUUCUUCUCACUCUGGAAGCAGCGGUGGAUAAUUUAUCAGAUUGCCUAAAAAACAGCGAUUUACUGGCUGUCUUGUCAAGGUCGUCCUCUCCUGAUCUGGCCUCAAAUACCAAAUUAAAUGCAAACAGGAAGAGCACAGGGCAACUGAAUAUAAACUCUGGGGUUGUUGGUGGUGGAAAUACAGCCACAUCUGAACGAAGCCGACACCAGAGAAGCUUUUCCGUUCCUAAAAAGUUUGGCGUUUCAGAUAAGUCCUCUGACCCACCACGUAGCGCCACACUAGACCGGAUUCAGGCCUGUACUCAGCAAGGGUUCUCUCCGAAAACCAGGAGUUCAUCAUCACUGAAAGACAACAUUACUGAUCCUUCUCACAUCAAUAAUCCCACCAACUUGCUGUCUACCAUAUUCUGGGUUGCUGUCGCCUUGAUGGAAUCAGACUUUGAGUUUGAAUAUUUGAUGGCAUUGAGGCUGCUUAACAGACUCUUGUCUCAUUUGCCCCUGGACAAGUCUGAGAACAGAGAGAAGCUGGAGAAGCUGCAGGGACAGCUCAAAUGGACAGACUUUUCAGGGCUGCAGCAACUCCUGCUCAAAGGGUUCACAUCUCUUACAACUACAGACUUAACUCUUCAGCUCUUCAGCUUGCUGACUCCAGUUUCUCGGGUUUCCAUGGUGGAUUCAACACAAGUUAUAGGCUUUCCUCUGAAUAUCUUGUGUUUGAUGCCUCAUUUGAUCCAGCAUUUUGAAAAUCCCAACCAUUUCUGCAAGGAAGCAGCCGAAAGGAUUGCACAGGUUUGUCUGGAGGAGAAAAACCCAAAGUUAUCCAACCUUGCCCACGUCAUGACUUUGUACAAGACACACAGCUACACCAGGGACUGUGCCACAUGGGUGAACGUGGUCUGCAGAUACCUGCAUGAAGCUUUUACAGACAUCACUCUCAACAUGGUGACUUACUUGGCAGAGUUGCUAGAAAAAGGCCUUCCCAGCAUGCAACAGUCGCUCCUGCAAAUUAUUUACAGCCUUUUGAGCCAUAUGGAAAUGUCUCUGAUUCCCGGCAAGCAGUUCAACAUGGAAGUACUUAAGACGAUUGAAAAAUUUGUGCAGAGUGCCCACUGGAAGGAAGCCCUCAAUAUAAUGAAACUGGUUGUGUCCCGAUCUGCUAGUUUGGUGUUACCUGCUUAUCAACACGGUGAUUUGACAAAAUUAGAAAUAAGCAGAUUGUGGACGAGUUCCUCCAAGGAGCUUCCGGGGAAGACAUUGGAUUUUCACUUUGAUGUCUCUCAGACCCCCAUCAUUGGUAGAAGGUUUGAUGAUCUACAAGGGUCUGCAGGACGAGACGGUAAACGUAGGGCAAUGCCAGUUACUCGAAGCACUUCUUCCACUUCCUCUGGAUCCAACUCCAAUGCUUUAGUCCCGGUCAGCUGGAAGAGGCCCCAGUCCUCUCAGAAGAAAACAAGGGAAAAACUGGUGAACGUCCUCACACUAUGUGGCCAGGAAGUGGGUCUCAGCAAAAACCCCUCUGUCAUCUUUUCUUCAUGCGGUGAUCUGGAUUUGAUCGAGCACCAGACCAGUUUGGUGUCAUCAGAGGAUACAAUCAGAGAGCAGGAGAUCAUGGAUGAUACAAACAGCGAGCAACAGUUCCGUGUCUUCAGGGAUUUUGACUUCCUGGAUGUGGAGCUUGAGGACGGAGAGGGAGAAAGCAUGGAUAAUUUCAACUGGGGAGUUCGGAGGCGUUCUCUGGACAGUCUGGACAAGUGUGAUAUGCAGCUCUUGGAAGAAAGCCAGCUGUCAGGAAGCACACACAGUCUGAACAAAAUGAACCAGGAUGACUCAGACGAAUCUUCCGAAGAAGAAGAUCUAACCACAAGUCAGAUUCUGGAAACCUCUGACUUAAUCAUAAGCCUUUCUCCUUCUGAAGAGACAAAUCACAUGGAGUCUCCCUCCACAUCAUGCGACACAACCUCUGCUGACCCCCAUUCCCUUAACACAAGAACCUCUAGUUUUGAUGCAUCUUUGCCUGAAAUCACUAAUCCACUCUUAUCUGAGGAAUCUAAGGCUGAUGCUGUUCUUGAUGAAGAUGAUGCAACCGUACAAGAAGAUGACCUGUCGGGGUCAAUGAGUGAAAUGCCGGUUGUGUUUGAAUGUAAUGACAGCUUUAACCUAGAAAUGGCUGAGGAGGAGAAGGAUGACCGAAUCGUGGAGCAGUAUGCACUGACAGGCUUUGGAGAUGGGGACACUAUAACACCUCCUCCUCCAUCACCCUUCUUCUCAGCCAUCCUGGCUGCAUUUCAGCCAACAGCAUGCGAUGAUGCAGAGGAAGCAUGGAGAAGCCAUCUCAAUCAACUCAUGUCAGAUUCUGAUGGGUCCUGUGCUGUUUACACAUUUCAUGUUUUCUCCUCCUUGUUUAAGAGUAUACAGAAGAGGUUCUGCUUCCUGACAUGUGAUGCAGCUUGUUACCUAGGAGACAGUCUUCGUGGCAUUGGGUCAAAGUUUGUGAGCACAUCGCAGCUACUGACACUGUGCUCUGAAUGCCCAACACUGUUUGUAGAUGCAGAAACACUGUUAUCCUGUGGACUUUUAGAAAAGCUAAAGUUCAGUGUGCUGGAACUGCAGGAAUACCUGGACACAUACAACAACAGGAAGGAAGCCACAGUCUCUUGGCUAAAAAACUGUAAAUCAACAUUUGCGGGGGGCUCAAAAGAUGGAGUGAUCACAUGUCAGCCUGGAGACUCGGAAGAGAAGCAAUUGGAACUGUGUCAACGAUUGUACAAGCUUCACUUCCAGCUGCUGCUGCUUUUUCAGUCUUAUUGUAAACUAAUUGGGCAAAUCCAUGAGGUCAGCACAAUGCCAGAGCUGCUAAACAUGUCAAGAGAACUAAAUGAGCUUAAGAAGAACCUGAAGGAGGCCAGUAUAUACAUUGCAGCAGAGUCUCUCAAUAUGGAUGCCACCUCUUACGAGCCCACCUUCAGUUCCACUGAGUUUGCCAUACAGUCCAUGUUGGAAUGUUUGAAAACGAAUGAGCUUGGGAAGGCAAUACGGCAAAUUCGCCAGUGCAGGAAACUGUGGCCUAAUGACAUAUUUGGAAGCGGUGCUGAUGAUGAGGUCCAAACACUACUGAACAUCUACUUCCGUCACCAAACCCUUGGACAGACUGGCACGUAUGCUCUGGUGGGAUCCAACCAGAACUUGACUGAUAUCUGCACCAAGCUUAUGGACCUGAACAUGGAAAUCCGGGACAUGAUACGUCGUGCCCAGAACUACCGCGUUGUCUCAACUUACCUCCCCGACGCCAGUGUCUCGAGCACUAAUCUUUGACAAGAAUCCUGUGCCGCUCAACUCUCCCCCGCUGGAGGUGCUGCCCUGCCUGACUGAUAUCACACAGUAUCUACUCGGUGUUCCGAAGACUCAGUCACAACGUUAUCAUUCCUGCUGAUUUCCAGCCUUACUGUCAGGCAAAGCAAGCAGGCUAAUUGGAUCUGUAGCAAUACUGUAAGGACAGCAAAGGUUGAAGCUGCACCACAGCGGCCCAGGACGAUCUCGCCGAUGGCCUGUUGCUUUAGACAGCUCUUAUUAGUUCAACGUAAUACUUUAUGUCUAAAGUGACUUCCAUUGUGUACCAAAGCCUACUAAUCUGAACCCUACUUCCUUUCUAUAAUCCUUAAUCUUAGGAUGGCAAAUGUGCAAUGUUUCCUUUACAGAAGAAAUAAAAAAGAAAUGAUAUAUGUAUAGUAUAUUUUUUGUUGCUCUUAAUACUUUUAAAAUACUUUUCCAUUUCUGUCAUCAGUUUGCAGGCAGAAUGAGGCUGGCCGAAGAAUACUGGUUAUUGCAAUUGGUCUAUAGCUGAGAGCCUGUUCAGAUGAAGGCUGACUGUAUAAUGAGAUUGUAAUUAUCAUGUACACUGUCAUUUUGAGAAGGAAUACUGUAUUACCCGCUGCUACAAUUGACAUUUCCUACUGUCACUAGGCUACUGUGGCUGCGGUACUGGAUCAGAAUCAGUAUCAGAAGCCCUGAUUUGGUUUGAGUCAUUUUUAUUUAAAAAAGAAAAAAAUCUGGCUAGUUUUUAUCAAAAGAAAAAUUGCUUUUUGGACUAUUUAUUUAUACUAUGAAAAAGGGGGCUGAUAUGACGACCAUUCUGAAAGUGGAAGUUCCAUGAAUAACUACUCCUUUUUUCAUCUGUCACGCAUGUUUGUUUUUGUUUUUUUUUUAAUGUAUAUUUGGAUGAUGCAAAGUCUGAAUGUCACAAAGAGGAGUUCUAAGUUCUUUUUAUUUAGUAGAAGAGAAUUCUGAUUUAUUAUAUGCAUAUUAUAUUAAUAUAUAUAUUGGUAUAAAUGUAUGGGGUUUUUUUUCCUUCCUGAUGUUAAGUGUGAACUGAAUUGCAUGUAAUUCCUUCGCACAUUUGAGGCAUUUCCAUUCAUGAAUAAUCGAUGUAAUUUAUUCACCUUGUACAGAAGACUUACAGUUUUGUGAUGUAAUGAAGACUAUUUUUGUUGAGUACACUCGCUGAGAUACAUGAUAAAGUUAUUCAGUCACUACUGAC